UCUCCGCCCAAAAAAGCUUCUCUUUUUUUUUUUUUUUUUCUUGAGUGUAUGCCUUCUUUUGAAAGCUUAAACCUUAAUCAAAUCACGUUGUGUAUCAACGCUUUAUGUUAAGUAAUUUGAUGAAGAUGAUGAUACUUUGGAGAAUCUUGCUUUCUUUGCUCUGUUUCAUCGCCUAUGUGUACGGACAAUCAUCUAGCCCUGACGAGGCGGCCAUGAAUGUUCUAAAAAACUCCUUGAAUUCUCCACCAGGCUGGUCAGGAUCGAAUCCUUGUAACUGGACGGAUGUAGAUUGCGAUGGAAGCAACCAGGUCACCAAGAUUCAAAUCGGGAAUAAAGGAAUCUCAGGAAUGUUACCUACUGAUCUCAAAAGCCUCUCGUCUUUGACAGUUUUCGAGGUCAUGAACAACAAUAUCAUAGGGAAGAUUCCUAGUCUUGCUGGCUUGAAAUCUUUGGAAACUGUUAAUUUUCAUGACAAUGGAUUCACUUCAAUCGACGCUGAUUUCUUCACUGGCUUGCCUUCUCUUCAGCAUGUGUCUCUGGACAAUAAUCCCUUUGGUCCAUGGCAGAUCCCUCUGAGUUUAAAGUAUGCGACUGCACUUGCAGAUUUCUCCGCCGUCAACUGCAGCCUCUCUGGGAGGAUUCCGGAUUUGCUUUGGGGACAAACGUUUCCUAGUUUGACCACUCUGAAACUAUCUACUAACUCUCUUGUAGGUGAACUUCCAAGGAGUUUCUCCGAAUCACGGGUUCAGACUCUGAUACUCAACGGCCAGAAGCUAAAUGGGUCCAUUUCAGUUCUGCAAAAUAUGACUGAUUUAACCGAGGUACGAUUGAAUAGAAACGAAUUCUCUGGUCCCAUUCCGGACUUCUCUGGUCAUGUCUCCUUGAAAGUUCUUAAUAUUAGGGACAACCAGCUUACCGGUAUUGUACCGUCCUCACUUACUGGGUUGGCAUCUCUUUCUGAGGUGGGAUUAGGCAAUAAUUUGCUGCAAGGACCAACACCAAGCUUCAAGGAUAACAUUAAGAUUGAUAUUUCUGGGCUCAAUAGUUUCUGCUUAGAUACUCCAGGUACUCUUUGUGAUCUCCGUGUUAACACGUUGCUUUCAAUCGCUGAAGCGUUUGGUUACCCGGUGAGAUUUGCCAAUAGCUGGAAAGGAAAUGAUCCUUGUAGUAAAAGUCCAUGGUUAGGGAUAACAUGUGCGGGAGGUAGCAUCAUUGUUAUCAACUUCAAAAACAUGGGACUCACCGGGAAUAUCUCUUUAAGUUUUCAAAAUCUUACAUCUCUUCAGGUGAUCAAUCUCUCUCAGAAUAACCUAACCGGUACUAUUCCAGAAGAGCUCACUAAGUUGAGUAACUUGAAAACUCUAGAUGUUUCCAAUAAUCAGUUGUGUGGUGAUAAAGUUUCGGGUGUUAACACAACUAUUAAUGUAAACACGGGUGGGAAUCCUGACAUAGGAAAGGGCUGCCCUUCUGGUUUUUCUUCCGGGGAUGGCGGCAAGAAAGCAUCUAGCAAUGCAGGGAAAAUUAUUGGUUCUGUUAUUGGUAUUGUAUUGGGUUUACUUCUUAUCGGAUUUGCUAUUUUCUUUUUGGUCAAGAAAAAGAAGCAAUAUCAUAAGAUGCAUCCUCAACAACAAUCUAGUGACCAAGAUGCAUUCAAGAUUACAAUUGGGAAUAUGUAUGUUGGUGGAAGUGAAAGUGGAUUCAGUGGUAGUGACGCUCAUGUGGGGGAAAGUGGGAAUAUUGUGAUCUCAAUACAUGUUUUGAGGGAUGCUACAAAUAAUUUCAACGAGAAUAAUAUACUUGGGAGAGGAGGUUUCGGAAUUGUUUACAAGGGAGAAUUGCAUGAUGGAACAAAGAUUGCGGUUAAGAGAAUGGAGUCUUCGAUUAUAAGUGGAAAGGGUUUAGAUGAAUUUAAAUCAGAGAUUGCUGUUCUAACUAGAGUUCGACACCGCAAUCUAGUGGUUCUUCAUGGAUAUUGCUUAGAAGGAAACGAGAGGCUUCUUGUUUAUCAGUACAUGCCUCAAGGGACAUUGAGUAGGCAUAUUUUUCAUUGGCAAGAAGAAGGGUUGAAGCCACUCGAGUGGGCUAGACGGUUGAUUAUUGCUUUGGAUGUGGCUAGAGGAGUUGAGUAUUUGCAUACUUUAGCGCAUCAAAGUUUCAUACACAGAGAUCUCAAACCAUCUAAUAUUCUUCUUGGGGACGAUAUGCAUGCCAAAGUUGCAGAUUUUGGUUUAGUUCGGCUUGCACCAGAAGGGGCCCAAUCAAUUGAGACAAAGAUUGCUGGAACAUUUGGUUAUCUUGCACCAGAAUAUGCAGUGACCGGAAGAGUUACCACAAAGGUUGAUGUCUAUAGCUUUGGAGUCAUCCUCAUGGAGCUACUAACGGGUCGAAAAGCUCUUGAUGACAAGCGAUCUGAGGAAGAAGUACAUCUUGCUACUUGGUUCAGGAGAAUGCUUAUCAAUAAAGACUCAUUCUCAAAGGCUAUCGACGAAACAAUUGAGGUCAACGAAGAAACACUUGGAAGCAUCAACAAAGUAGCUGAGCUUGCCAACCAAUGUAGCGCUAGGGAACCGCAACAGAGACCUGACAUGAGUCACGUGGUCAACGUGUUGGUUUCACUUGUUUUGCAAUGGAAACCCGCAGAACGAAGCAGAGACUCAGAAGAUGUCUAUGGAAUCGAUUACGACACUCCUUUUCCUCAGAUUUCCCUUGAUUCGUCAUUUUUUGGAGUUAAUACAUUGACGAGCAUACCAUCACGACCUUCCGAGCUUGACUGCACAUUCAGAUCAGGACAAGGGAGGUAGGUGUAUUAGAGAAUUAGCUGGAAGGAUAAAUGUUUGGUUGUUGGAUUGAGUUCUCGCUUUUAGUGUUUACGGAUUGUGAAUAUUUCUUGCUGGUUACCUUGUUUUUCAAGUUAGGAUGUCAUUUUUUUUUAAUUUGACUGAUGUAUCAUUUGACAUAUAAUAUAAUUCAAUUUAUAUGAUUUUCAUGGA